GCAGGAUGUAAAAUGAAGUACGUUGUGGCCUUUGUGAUUUUGUUCGUGCUUAUGAUACUAGAAGUCGGGACGCUUCUUCAGCUCCAGAAGGGACUUCUUACAGGUGGCAAGCAGAAGACUACAGUCAGUGGUCUAAAACUUGUGAAGAAACGAAAACACGUCGGGUGUUUGCCAAGACAUCGGUAACUUGUAGUCGUCUCAAUUGCUUAGUUGUGACAGUUUCAUCUUAUUAGAACAACUAGUUUGUCACUUGAUCUCCAAUCGACCAUAAUGAAAAAGAGUAGACACACCUCUUUUGCUGACCAAGUUGAUAUAGAACACAAUUACUACUACAAAGCCUCUGAAGAUAUUCUAACAAGUACUCUUUUCCAUGGGGUUGUUUGGAUGUUACUUUCAAUAGGAAUUAUUGGCAACAUAUUGGUUGUUAUGUGGAGACUUGCUCCGAAAAGAGAUCAGAGAACGUCACCACUGUCAAUUCUCAUCAUCAUACUAGCAGUUUCAGACUUCGUGUAUUGUGUUCACUUGCUUCUUUUGGAAAUUUUGAUAGCUAAAUUUCAUCUAGAUCAAAAAAAGAAUGGGGAACGGAGCUCUUCUCCUUACGUUUGCUUUGUAAGUGGAUGUUUGUCUCUGUUGUCUUGCUGCACAGCUCAAUGGACAACAUUCAAUAUUGCUGUUUACUCGUUUCAAACAUUAAGCGAAUGGUGUUCUCGUUGUUGCUGUUCACUACUUCGCAAGCGAAAUUUGCUCAUUGCAAUCACAUGCCAAGUUCUAGUCCCCGUUCUCUUCAUUUUAUGUCAGUACUUUCUAAAUUUAACAUCUGCAUUCCCGCAGCAACCACCUGACAUAUAUGCAAAUAAUACCAUCUACUCUAAUUUCUCAAGAAGUGUUCUAAUUUCUCUCAUUUUCGAACAAUGUGCUUGGGCACAGUCAAAUGGCAUUGGGUAUUGCGACAAUAUGACAGAGUCAGUCAACUAUAACCUAAGCUACCAUGAGAAUGACUGUUCAUUACUUUACGAUGGUUCAAUUGGAACAGUCAUAGCGUUAUUUAACACUGUUCUAACCUUAGCAUGUGGUAUUUUGUAUAUGUUGUUGUGUCUAAAAAUUCGUAACGCAGCUUCUCAAGUAAACGUAACAGAAAGAUCUGACAUAAACAAACUCCAAUGGCGUUUGAGUGUAAUUGUCCUUCUAAACACUUUAUGUUGGAUUCCUGUAACUGCACUACAUUGGAUUGGACUUUUCUAUUAUCCUUGGAGAAACGAUUUGACUGCCACAAAUAUUCUGCUCAUAUCAAUCAGUCCAGCUGCUAAUCCUCUCAUCUACACUUUUACAGAAAAGAACUUUUUACAUUCAAUUCGGAAAUAUUGGAGACUAAUGAACUGCGACAUAUCUCUGAGACGAAACAAUUCCAACUACAAUGACGAUCACAUUACAGGAGUUGAACGUUGCAGUUGUAUUCCAUGUGUGAGAUGUGUUCACCGCGAUGAAGAUUAUUGGAAUACUGAAAAUACUUCCGUCUGGAUUUCUGAACAGAGCAGACUUCUACCAUCUGUUAAUGAUUCAAGAGAAGCUACCUAACGCAUUCCUAUCUAGACUGUCAAAUGGAGCAGUCGUUGCAACAGAUUGUGACAUCGUAUUGUAUGCAAGCCUUGCCGAUUAGUUAGACUGUCUGCAUGCGCAGUAAGUCGCGUUUUCGAACACAAGCGAAACUAAUUGAUUAUUGUAUUUUAUGUGUAUGUGUGAUGCUUGACCACUGCUUUUGCGAAUCUAGUUUUCGUCUAUUUCUCAAUGAAUACAGUCAAC